ACCUCAUCCCCGGGGGGCGGGGGCGGGGGCGUGCGCGUCAGUCGAGGGAGGGCGCACGGUGUGGGCGACCCCAGACUUCUGAUGCUGUUCUGUUUGGGCCCAUUAACUGAGAGCAGCAAUGGGUGUGAGGGGCCUCCAGCGGUUUGUGGAACACGCCUGUCCACAGUCAAACAUGUGGGUGAAUUUGAAGGACAUGGCAGAACAGCAUCGCCGCUUGCAUCCUGGGCAUUCUCCCAUUGUGGUGGUGGAUGCUAUGGGAUGUCUCCAAUCCUGGUACACUGCAGAGGCCUGGGUGCAUGGUGGGCAGUGGCGUGAAUACUUGCGGAGCUUGGAAAACUUUACAGAUGCUUUUCGAUCCCUUGGCAUUGAGUUGGUGUUUAUCUUUGAUGGGGUAAUAGAUCAGAAGAAAAGGGACAAGUGGGUUAUGCGACGGCUGAGGAACAACCAAGAAAUCGCAGAAAUAUUUCAGCAUAUAAAAGAAAAGGCCAGUCAGCCAGGAAGAAACAUGUUCUUUAUUCCCUCUGGGCUGGGCACAUUCACUCGCUUUGCCUUGAAGUCUAUGGGCUUAAACACCAUAUGCUCCCUGCAGGAGGCUGAUUAUGAAAUCGCCAAUUAUGCCAGGUUAAAUGGUUGUAUGGCAAUCCUGGGCCAGGACACGGAUUUCCUCAUUUUCGACACGGUGCCAUAUCUUUCAGUUAAAAAGCUGCAUUUGAACAAGAUGACAACUGUUAUGUACUCCCGAGAAAAUCUCUGCCACUCCCUCCACCUGCAGCUGAUGGACCUGCCGCUUUUAGCCUGCCUUCUCAGCAAUGAUGUGGUGCCAGAAAAAGCGGUAGAAAGGUUGAAGCAGCAGUGCUUGGCUAGAUACACUCCAUGUAACUCCAAAGCGACUAAGAGAAAGGAGAUGGUCGAGGCAGUUGCACAUUAUAUCUCUGGUGUGACCCGUUCGUAUGAUGGAUUGAGAAAGAUAGAGAGAAAUCUGCAAUGCACUUCAACUGAAAGGCUACUGGAGCUGGGAAUGAGAACUUACUUACUGCCCGGACAAUACUCACCCUGGCUUCCUCACAUUGUGCCAUCUCCAGCGAGAAGCCAAUGUGAAAACACCAUGUACACAGACCAAAGGAUUUUACAAUUUGCAAGGGAGCGGCACAUCAAAGCAGAAAGCCGCAUAGUUUACAAAGUUCUGAAGGUUCGGGAAGUAGAUUGCAGCAAUUCUCUGGAGGACGAGUUGGAUACUGAACUUCCAGGACAGGCCAUUGUUUACCAACCUGCUCGACAGUCCAUUUAUGGCAUUAUUCUCUCAGCUGAAUCAAAAAGCCAACCUGAAACUACCAGAUCAUAUCCUAUAGUAAAGGAGUGGUUUGUAUAUCCAGGCAACACGCUGCAGCAGCCAAACCUUGUGCCAGCACUACCACCUAAUCUACCAGGAGGAAUUCCAGAUUUACAAACUUUGUGGCUGACAGAAGGGUCAGAGGUUAAGAAAUUACGUUACUGCACAUUUCUCGCAUGUUUUGGCUUAUACGAUUUUGCUGAGGGGUUACUUCCACUUGAGCCUCCCAUUGCUGCUGUUUGCUGCCUGCUGACCUAUAUUACGCUGCAGGUAAACACGAUCUGUUGGGAGGACCUGGAUGCCUAUUUAUCUCAGGCUCUCGUUAUUCGGGACAAGACAGCUGAUCAGCUUGCUCAAAUAAAGGUGCCCCAUGUUGACUCUCGGGCUGUACACCUGGCCUCCCUGUUUGUUCGAGGCCUGUCUGAGCUCCUUUCAGCUAAUAGUGCCUGUGGGUUUCCAUUUAAAAUGGGCGACCUGAUGCCGUGGAAGGUAUUUGAUGGAAAACUUUUCCACACAAAGUACCUGCAGUCUCACAGUGGAUGUAGAGCAGAGGACCUUCUAGAAAGGAAUGAUAUUCUGCUGCAGGAAUUCCAGAAGCUGAAGUCCCUCAUUAACAGUAUUUGCGUGACAAAGAAAAGAGACAUACAGAGCCGGUCCCGGCUGUGCACAACAGACAACUGGGAAAGGCCUGGUACCCACAGUAGAGGAGGUAUAUAUCACAUGGCAUCGCAGGAGCAGCAGCUGCCUGCUUAUCGUCCAUACCACGCCCAUCGCCCUGAUUAUCAGGCAAAGUAUCCACAACCUCCAACACAGUCAGUGAUGAAGAUCAUGGAUACAGCAUAAGAACUGACUGUCUCUUCCUAAUGGACAGUAAGACUGACAUUCGAAAUCUGGAGAAGGCUACACUUGCUUUGGCAAUUCUUUCAUGUGCCUCAUCAUCAGUAUGGACAACUCGAGACAGUGUGCUGCUGAGAUAAGUGAACGUAUCGACCUAUGACUUGUGGACUGCUUGUGGACUGAAAGAGACAAGAGAAAGGGCUUUCCUGGAGCAGACUGGUGAAUUACUCCAGCUUUCUUUGUACGUAUUGUAAGGCCAAUGAUUUUUGUUCAGCUAGUGCACAGUCAUCAGCAAACAGAAAACCUGAAGCAAUCCUUGGAGAACCUGGACUUUGUCUGGAAUUGUUUCAGAUUGAACAGCUUCCUCUUCAUGUUGUAUUUGAUCUUGCUAUCAGGAUCACAUCGUGAAGGCAUCAGAGAGCAUGGAGGAGAACAACAUGUUGAAGAGGGUUGGCACUUGCUCACAGCCCUGUUUAACUCCACUCGUGACUUGGAAUGGGUCAAAGGAUACCCCCAUCGUCCAGGACAUGCACAAGCAUGCUGUCAUUGGAACUGUCAAUGUAUUUUCCUAAAUUUCACAGACCAGACAAAUUCGCCGUUACCUAACGCUGACUGUAUCAAAGGCCUUGGUCAGGUCAGUAAACAUGGUGUAGGAUUCCACUUUCUGUUCUUGGCAUCUCUCCUGGAGCUGUCUAACUGCAAACGCCAUAUUAGCGACUCCUUGACAUUCUCUGGAACUGUACUGACUCUAGCAGCAGAUGCAGGGGCUUCUGCUAUAAUGCGUGCUCCAGCAACGUCAAUCGGCUAUAAUGUGACUGAUGAAUAGGGGAACGCAACUUCUAAAACAUGAACUUGUAUUGGCUACAACACAAUUGCAUUUGUGACCUUAUUGAUGUUUUGGAAGGUGUUUUUAGAAAGUAUUGCAGGAAAACAAAAUUUGGAUUUCAAGAUUCUCCUCAUCCUGGAUAAUGCACCAAGCCAUCCUCCCACCAUUGGUGAGCUUUCUGAAAACAUCCAAGUGCUAUUUCUACCCCCAAACACAACCACACUGCUUCCACCCAUGGUAUAGGGUGCAGUAGCAGCUUUUAAAGUUUAUUAUUUAAGGCGCACAUUUAAGAGGCUGACUGCAGCCACUGAUGGGGAUAAGGAUAGUGCUCUUCAAUUUUAGAAGAGCUUUAACAUCAAGAAUGCAGUUGACAUUAUCGUGGAGGCCUGGGUUGAUGUCAGUAAGGACUGCUUGCACGUAGUUUGGCGGAAGCUUCUCCCAGAUUUUUUUCAAGAUUUUAAAACCUUUGAUCCAUCAGAGGAGCCCUCAAGAAUCAAAGAAGAUUGUGUUGAUCUUGCAAUGCCAGUUGGAUUUGAACAGGUGGAGAGUGAGGAUGUUGAAGAGCUCCUCGAGUCCCACUGUGAAGACCUCUCUACAGUUGAUCUACAACAACUUGUCGCUGAGGGGUGAGUGGAUGCUGGAGCUGACAAAGAUGAAGUCUAGGAUGCAGUACCACAAGAGCUUUCCACGUCUGUAUUGUCUUCUAUCCUGAGGGAAAUUGAGAAGCAGUUGCAGCUCUUAGAGGACAACAAUUACAAUACAGUAUGCAACAGGGUAGCUGCUUGUGGAAUAAGAUCUUAUUUGGCACCCUAUGAAAGAAAAAGGGCAAAGUAGCAAAAACUGGAUGUCUUUUUUAAGCCAAUCUCCAAGAAACAGUCAGAAGACA